CUCACUCUCAGUCUCAGAAGAGCAGGAAAAUAAGGAGCGGCUGUCGAGCAAAGGCAAAGGCAAUGGCAAUAUUCUCUCUAUUUUCUUCCUCCUUCAUCCACCCUCAACUUCACCAUAUCGCCGCCAAGAUGACUCUCCUCGACACUUUCUUGUUCUAUGUUGUCCAUGUCGUGGACAAGCUGGGGAUAUGGCACAGGCUCCCGGUCCUUCUCGGGCUUGCUUAUCUGGGGAUUAGAAGGCAUUUGCACCAACGUUAUAAUCUGUUGCACGUCGGAGGCAUCAACGGUCGGAAAUACAGCACGGAAGAGUUUAGCUACCGGACCGCCGAUGGAACAUGCAACCACCCCGGCGACGACACAAUCGGCAGCCAAGGAACCUUUUUCGGCCGGAAUAUGCCUCCGGCGACUACACCAUAUGGGCUGCUAGAGCCUCAUCCAACAGUAGUAGCAUCAAAACUUUUGGGGAGGAAAAAGUUCAUAGACAAUGGGAAGCAAUUCAACAUGGUAGCCUGCUCAUGGAUACAGUUCAUGAUUCAUGAUUGGAUUGAUCAUUUGGAGGACACUCAACAGGUUGAAUUGAGAGCUCCUGAUGAAUUUUCAAGUGGGUGUCCCUUGAAGUCUUUCAAGUUUUUCAAGACCAAAACAGUUUCUGCAGGUUCACCUAAUCUAAAGAUUGGUUCUUUGAACACAAGGACUCCUUGGUGGGAUGGGAGUGUAAUAUAUGGCAAUAACAAGGAUGGCAUGAGAAGAGUUAGAACAUUCAAAGAUGGAAAGUUGAAGAUCACACAAGAGGGGCUGCUUCAGCAUGAUGAGAAAGGUGUUCCUAUUUCAGGUGAUGUUCGAAAUUGCUGGGCUGGAUUUUCCCUCCUACAAGCCCUAUUUGUCAAAGAGCACAAUGCUGUAUGUGAUAUGCUAAAAGUACAUUACCCUGAUCUGGAUGAUGAGCAGCUCUAUAGGCAUGCAAGAUUGGUUACCUCUGCUGUCAUUGCUAAAGUCCACACCAUUGAUUGGACUGUUGAACUCCUGAAGACUGAUACUCUUCUGGCAGGGAUGAGGAUAAACUGGUAUGGAUUUAUGGGGAAGAGAUUUAAGGAUUUGUUUGGACAUAUACUGGGAGCAGUGCUGAGUGGAUUGGUUGGUCUUAGGCAGCCAAAAGAUCAUGGAGUUCCCUAUUCAUUGACAGAAGAGUUUGUAAGCGUUUACAGAAUGCAUUCACUUCUACCAGAUAAUUUUGAGCUUAGGGACAUCAAGUCUUGUUCAACUGCAGAAGAUAAAUGCCCUCCUAUACUAGAACAGGUGCCAAUGAGGGAAUUGGUGGGUAUUGAAGGAGAGAAAAGACUAUCAACAAUCGGAAUGGAACAAAUGCUUGUAUCAAUGGGUCAUCAGUCCUGUGGAGAAGUCACAUUAUGGAACUAUCCUUCAUGGAUGAGAAACCUUGUAGCCCAUGACAUCAAUGGGGAAGAGAGACCAGAUCCAGUUGAUAUGGCCACCUUGGAAAUUUAUAGGGACAGAGAGAGGGGAGUUGCUAGGUAUAACGAGUUCAGAAGGAAUUUAUUGAUGAUUCCUAUUAGUAAGUGGGAAGAUUUGACAGAUGAUGAAGAAGUUGUUCAAGCCCUCCAUGAAGUGUAUGGAGAUGAUGUGGAGAAGCUUGAUUUGCUAGUCGGUUUACAUGCUGAGAAGAAGAUCAAAGGCUUUGCCAUCAGUGAGACUGCUUUUUUCAUCUUCCUACUAAUCGCUUCAAGAAGGCUAGAGGCUGAUCGUUUUUUCACGACGAAUUUCAACACCAAAACAUACACACAGAAAGGCCUAGAAUGGGUUAACAAGACUGAGACCUUGAAGGAUGUGAUUGAUCGGCACUUCCCUGAAAUGACUAGGAAAUGGAUGAGGUGUUCCAGUGCAUUCUCGGUGUGGGACUCCAUGCCAACUCCAGCUAACUACAUACCCCUCUACUUACGACCAACUCCCUAA